AUAAAUCUGAAAACACACUCUGAAAUCAUAACAAAAACGAUUCGACGAAAAGUCCAGAAAAUAAUAUUUUUGUCGUAAGUUGGGGAUCAAAGAAGCAUAAAUAAUGCCAAAAUAUUAUUGCGAUUACUGUGACACAUUCUUAACUCACGAUUCGCCAUCAGUACGAAAGACGCACUGUACAGGAAGAAAGCAUAAGGACAAUGUGAAAUUUUACUAUCAAAAGUGGAUGGAAGAACAGGCUCAGCAUUUGAUUGAUGCCACAACAGCUGCAUUUAAGGCAGGAAAAAUAGCAAGUAAUCCAUUCGCUCAACCCCCACCUGCAAUGAUGAAUUUUGCUCAACCACCUCCAGGAAUGAACUUUGCACAGCCACCUCCUCAGAUGGCUUCAAGUUUUCCACCACCAGUCAUGAAUUUUCCACCUCCUAUAAGACCUGGAUUUAAUUAAUAAAACUAAGAUCCAGUAAAUUUUUUUCAAUAUUUGGAUUUUCAUAUUAGUUGUACGGCUUUUAAUUUUUAAAAUAAUAAAUUCGAGUAACACAUUGUGAA